CGUGUAAUCUUAUCACCAACGAAACUCGAUGGCUUAUUGUGUAUCCAAGAGACACGAGACGAUUAAACAUUAUUACUUUACGCAGAUAGUCCAUUAUUAUUUUUUUUUUCGCUGACACGGUUGUUUCUUUUACACGUGCUCACUUUAUUAACUUGGAAUAAUCUUGAACUUUUUAUUCGCGUUAUAACCGACUUUAACAUCGAUACACUCAACACGCGUUUAUUAAAUUACUCAAUUUAAAAAUAAUUUUUUUUUAGUUUUUUUAACAAAAACUUAUCAAUUGGAUAUAAAUAAAAAAUGUUUAUAGUUUUUUUUAGUUGGUUGUGUAAUUUAAAUUUAGCUAGUGAUUAGCUCUAGGGUGCUGACGUCACUGAUAAAAAAUAUUUUAACAUAAUGUCGUAAGAUAUGUUACUGAGUGUAAUAAAAUAAUUAUUUUUAAUGGCAGAACAUUAUAGAAAAUCAUUUGUGAGUAAUGUUACGUCUAGCGGUCUUAAUUUUCAUUUGGCCUUUGCAAUUACCGCGGUCGCAUUGGGAUCUGCUUUUCAACAUGGUUACAAUACUGGUGUUGUCAAUUCUCCUCAAAAGAUCAUUAGAACCUGGAUGGCUGAAGUCCAAACCAAUAGAACCGGUGUUCCGGUUACUGAAGAGGACAUGACAGACUUGUGGGCAUGGGCAGUGGCCAUCUUCUGUAUUGGUGGUAUAAUUGGUGGAUCCUUGGUAGGAACUAUUGCUGACAGAUUUGGACGUAAAGGUGGUCUGUUGCUCAACAAUAUUUUGGUGGUACUGACAGUUAUAUUCGAAGGAUUCAGUAAAACGGCAAACAGCUACGAGAUGAUUGUCGUGGGACGUCUUUUCAUCGGAAUAAACGCCGGUCUCAACGCUGGAAUAACUCCAAUGUAUUUGGGAGAAAUAUCACCGAUGCAUUUGAGAGGAGCUGUUGGUACUGUUUACCAACUUAUUGUCACUAUUUCAAUUCUUGUUUCUCAAAUCCUCAGUAUGGACAAAGUCCUGGGUACCGAAGAGCAGUGGCCACUUCUUUUGUGUCUUACGAUUAUUCCGGCAAUCUUCCAGUGCGUUACUUUACCCCUGUGCCCGGAAAGCCCCAAGUAUCUUCUGUUGAGCCGUGGCAAAGAUGUUGAUGCACAGAGAGGACUCUCCUGGUUACGUGGCACCAAUGAUGUUUAUGAUGAAAUGGAAGAAAUGAGAACUGAGGCAGAAUCUAUUAAAUUGAUUCCACGUGUUACACUGAAGGAAAUAUUUGUUAACCCGGCUUUGAGAAUUCCGUUGAUUAUUUCAUUGAUGGUCAUGUUGGCACAACAGUUUUCUGGAAUUAACGCUGUCAUGUUCUUCUCAGAUGCUAUCUUCCGUAUGGCAGGAUUGAACACAGAUGCAGCCCAAUCGGCAACUCUAGGAGUUGGAGCUAUGAAUGUUGUCAUGACUUUUGUUUCAUUGAUUCUUGUUGAAAAGUGUGGACGUAAAACUCUCUUGCUGUUUGGAUUUGGUGGAAUGGUUAUUGAUACUGCUUUACUUGCAGUCUGCUUAGCAUACGCGGAAACUUCACAAGUGGCAGCAUACUUUUCCAUAGCAUUAGUUAUUAUGUUCGUGGUACUAUUUGCAACUGGUCCAGGAAGUAUCCCGUGGUUCUUGGUCUCGGAAUUGUUCAAUCAAUCAGCAAGACCAGUGGCAACAUCUAUUGCCAUUGCUGUUAAUUGGGGAGCUAACUUCAUCGUCAGUUAUUCAUUUCUCCCGCUUAAGAACUUACUCAACACGAAUGUAUUCGUUCUUUUCGCUGUCAUCCAAGCGCUCUUUACACUCUUCAUCUACAAGAAAGUUCCAGAAACAAAGAACAAGACUAUUGAAGAAAUCAGCAGUAUGUUCCGGCAAAUAUCGUAUCAGUGAGGCGAUAACUAAUUUAAAUAAACUUUACAUGGUAAUAUAUAUUUAAAUCUUUAGGAAAAAAAUGUGUGACUGAUAAUCGUAUGAUUCUGAACGCAAAUGAUUGAGAUUUUUUUUUUUUUUUUAUGAAUCAUGAAUUGCAGUUUGAUUGUUUUUAUUAUCGUCGAUUACUGAUACCGAUUUUAUAUGUAUGAUAUAUAUUAUUAAUGAUUAAUAUUUUUUUUUAUACGUGUUAUGAAAAUGUUGAACUGCGAUGAGAAAACAGGACUUAGGCAUCACUUAGUUUUUAAAAUACUUUUUUUUUUUUUUAGCUUAAUAAUUUUUGUAUUUUAUGAAUUUUGAUUUUUUCGAUUUUAUUUUUUAAUUUCCGAAAUUUUUAAUGCAAAAAAUUACAGUAGUCAUGACAGGCAGACUCAGGAUAGAUAAAGUUAAAAAUUAUUUGGAUCGUGUUAUUUUACUAACACAUCCAAAAAUUUUAAAACUCUAGUCAUAAUUCAAAUUUCGUAUUUUUCAUAUUCUUGUUUACGCAGUAAGCGAAUAUUUUUAUCAACAUUUUUCCUUAUUGUUCUCCGGUUAAUAAAUACUGUCUGAAUUUACUAAAUAAAUCGACAAAAAGUAUUUAAAAAAAAAAAAAAAAAAAAAAAAAAUUCUCAUGAAAUUUAAUAACGAUUGAUUUAUUUAUUAAAUUUUAUCGGUAUUAAUUUUAGUAUUCCGAUUCAAGAUAUUUGAAAUUUAUUGCCUGUUCAAGACAACGAAGAUAUACUUUAUUAUUAUUUUUAUAAUUAUUAAUAUAAUUAAUUAAUUAAUAUUAAUAAUUUUAUUUGGAUGGAGCUUUAUCGAACUGCUAAACUGUCUAUGACAGAUAAUUAAUUUAAUAUAAAAUUUUAAUAAUUAGUGUACAAACAAUAACAUUAACAGUAUAAUCAAUUUCAAAAAUUUCAGUAGAUAAUUAUAAUAUUAAUUAUUUUUUUUGUCAUAAUUGUAAAUAAUGAGAGUGCACGUAGA